GGCCCCCGCCCCGGGCGCCUUCGGCAGCCUGGCCCCGCCGCUGGGGCCGCCCGCGCUGCUCGGGGAGCCGCCGGCCAGCAGGAAGAAGAGCGUGAACAUGACCGAGUGCGUGCCCGUGCCCAGCUCCGAGCACGUCGCCGAGAUCGUGGGCCGGCAAGGCUGCAAAAUCAAAGCCCUGCGUGCCAAGACCAACACGUACAUCAAGACGCCGGUGAGGGGCGAGGAGCCCGUGUUCAUCGUCACCGGGAGGAAGGAGGACGUGGAGAUGGCGAAGCGGGAGAUCCUCUCGGCCGCCGAGCACUUCUCCAUGAUCCGGGCCACGCGCAACAAAGUGAACGGGCUGACGGGGGCCAUGCAGGGACCCCCCAACCUGCCGGGCCAGACCACCAUCCAGGUGAGGGUCCCGUACCGGGUGGUGGGGCUGGUGGUGGGGCCCAAGGGGGCCACCAUCAAGCGGAUCCAGCAGCAGACGCACACCUACAUCGUGACGCCCAGCCGGGACAAGGAGCCCGUGUUCGAGGUGACGGGCAUGCCCGAGAACGUGGACCGCGCGCGGGAGGAGAUCGAGGCGCACAUCACCAUGAGGACAGGCUCCUUCAUCGACGUCAACGCCGACAACGACUUCCACUCCAACGGCACCGACGUCUGCCUCGACCUGCAGGGCAGCGCGGGCGGCCCGUGGGCCAAGGCCCCCCACCCCGCCCACCCCGCCCACCGCUCCUCGGCCGCCCUGCGCAACGACAGCCUCAGCUCCCUGGGCAGCGCCUCCACCGAGUCCUACUACAGCGGGCGGGUGGCGGCCGCCAGCCCCACCAGCCCCUACAGCACCUUCAGCGAGCCCCCGGCCCCGCUGGGCUCCGAGGAGUGCGACUUCGGCUUUGACUUCUUGGCCCUCGACCUCACCACGCCCACCACCACCAUCUGGUCGCCCUUCGAGCGCUCGGGCAACCCCCUGCAGGCCUUCAGCAGCUGCUCCUCCAUCAACAGCUCACAGAGACGCAACAGCGGCCCGGCCACGCCGCGCCACUCGCCCACCCUGCCCGAGGGCGGCGCGGGGCUGGAGCACCCCUGUGCCCGCCGCAUCCCCAGCGACCCCGCCGGUGCCCUGGCCUGGCUGCCCGCCCAGGGCUCGCUCUCCUCCUUCUCCAACAGCACCGGCUACUCCUCCUCUUCCUCGCUGCCCGGCAGCAUCUCGGCCGCCUCGGGCUCGCCCACCGACUCGAGCAGCUCCGACGGGCACCGCAAGAGCUCCCGGGAGUGCAUGGUGUGCCUGGAGAGCGAGGUGAUGGCCGCGCUGGUGCCCUGCGGCCACAACCUCUUCUGUAUGGAGUGUGCCCUGCGCAUCUGCGGCCGGGCACAGCCGCAGUGCCCCGCGUGCCACGCGCCCGCCACCCAAGCCAUCCACAUCUUCUCCUAGCCCGGGGGGCUGGCCGGGCAGCACCCCCACCCUCCCUCCUCCACCCCGACACGGCGUUUUAAGGACUGUAAACUGUUUAAAUCGAGCUUUUUAUUUAAUAACGGAUCCGAUGGGCGCACGGGGCGGGAGGGGGGAGAGGCUGCUGUGAGAGGAGAGGUGGAGAGGGCACG